CGUACUUCGCUAGCAGUCAUCAGACGUUCAUAUCUCGACCAAUUCGUUAAAAAUUGAAAAUGAGUGUUUUGGAGUUUAUUUGUCUGACGUUUCUUGUAAACUUAGUAUUUGGUGCAAAACCUGUCGCACGUCCUACAGUUUCAUUUCUGAAAUUGUCAACGUGCCAGGAAUAUGUUACUACCUCGGGACUUUGUGACCACUAUUUCCCUAUUGACGUAUUUAAAAACAACAAAUCUAGUGAAUACAAACUGCAUCUAAAGUUUUACGUUAUGGGCGACCAUGAUGCUAACGUUCAGCUUUCUAAUGGACAAGAUGAAAAAAUGGUCCUGUAUACAAUUGUUGUGGGUGGCUAUAGUAACACAUACUCUCGUAUUCGAAAUGCGUCUUUGCUCACAGCAGGGAUUGACAGCUAUAGGACUGGACUACUUUCGCCCCUUUGGCCUACCCCCAUAGAUGUGCGCCUAAAAUACGAUGGAGAACUAUCGGUCGCUAUUCCUGGUGUUGUAGACCCACUUCUGAGAGCUAGUGCUCCCGAUUUAGACGUGAAGUCACUAUGUUUCAACGUAUAUCUGAGCGAAGGUCGAUGGUUUUACAAUUGCAAUGAGGAGGAUGAAUAUAUUUCAGCGGCUAGUCCUUGCAAAAUCGAUGUUCGAAUGAACUAAUUAGACUCUCAUUGCUGAGCAAAAUAUGCAAUGUGAAGUAAGUUUGAAUGGAACGAUCAAAUACAUAAAUAAAUAAAUUUGACUAGA